AUGACCCUAUUGUUGUUAACGUGUAGUAUUUAUAUUCUUCUAUUAUCUCAGUCACAUUUUAUUGGGGCAUGUCCAUCUGUUUGCUCCUGUCAUGGACCCAAUGUUGACUGUAGCAAUCGAGGACUACAAACAAUACCACCUGGAAUACCAAGAAAUGUUUUUAAACUAGAAUUACAAUUCAAUAAUCUAUCAAUAAUUCGGAAGGAUGAUUUUAAAACAUUUCGUCAACUACGUAUCUUAAACCUUCAAGACAAUCAAAUACAUACAGUUGAUACUGAUGCUUUUCGAGACUUGAUAUCAUUAGAAAAAUUACGUCUUAACGGUAAUAAGCUAAAUCAUCUCGCCGAUGGCACAUUUUCAUCCCUCAAACAACUUCAACGAUUGGAUCUCAGUUCUAACCAACUACGAGCCGUUAAAAAAGGAAUGUUACAGGGUCUUCAAGCAAUUGAUAAUUUACAAUUGGAUCACAAUGAGAUCACUUGUAUGGAAGCCGAGGCUAUUAAUGGACUCAAUCGAUUAGAGAUUAUACGACUUCAUGAUAAUCAAUUCGUAUGUGAUUGCCGUCUACUAUGGCUUGCUAAAUAUCUUAAGUUACAUCCAUUUCUUGGCCUUAAUGCGCGAUGUCAAGAUGCUGAUACGCUCAGUCAUAAAGAUAUAACGUCAUUGAUGGAUGAUGAAAAACAAUGCAAUAGCAUGGACAUUGAUGAUAUCGAUUAUACAUGCAAUGUACCCGUAUGUCCGUAUCCAUGCACAUGUUUUAAUGGUGUCGUCGAUUGUAAAGAUAAAGAUCUUGUGGAAAUUCCAAGAAAUAUUCCAGAUACAACCAUUGAAUUACGUUUGGAAAAAAAUCGUAUUUCCGAAAUUUCGCCUAAAAUAUUUUCUCAUUUGAAAAAAUUACGACGCCUAGACAUCAGCAAUAAUUUAAUAUCAACCAUUUAUCCUGAUUCAUUUACUGGUUUAAAAUCACUAAAUUCACUAUUACUGAAUGCAAAUAAAUUAGUAUGUGUACGUGACGAUACAUUUCGCGGAUUAGAAAAGUUGAGUUUAUUGUCCUUGUACGAUAAUAAACUGAAAACAUUAGUUAAUAAUACAUUUGCACCAUUGAAAAACAUUCAGACAUUACAUUUGGCUCGUAAUCCAUUCAUUUGUGAUUGCCAUCUGCGCUGGUUAAAUGCUUAUUUACGCGAAAAAAAGAUUGAAACCAGUGGUGUUCGUUGUGCUGGUCCAAGACGUAUGGCAAAACGAAAAUUUGGUGUAUUAAACGAUCGAAGAUUUCGAUGUCGAAGUCGAAUCGAAUUUGAACAAACAGCUUAUAGUAAUCAAUGUGAGGUACAGUGUCCAAAAGGAUGUACAUGUGAUGGUACAACUGUUAUCUGUCGUGGUUUACAAUUACAAGAAAUACCAAAUGAUAUACCAGCAUUUACUACUGCACUACAUCUUCAAGAUAAUUUAAUCAAACGAGUUUCACGCGAUGGCAGUUUCCGGCGUUUGCGAAGUCUACGUACACUUGAUUUACGAAAUAAUCGAUUAGAAGAAAUCGAUGAUGAUGCAUUUGAUGGAGCUGAUUCGCUUAAUGAAUUAUUUUUAAGUGAUAAUAAUUUGAAUGUAAUAACACCACAAACAUUCAAUGGCUUAAAAAAUAUUCGAACACUGAUGUUACGUACAAAUAAGUUAACGUACAUUAAAAAUGAUACUUUUGCUGAUAUGGAUGCACUAAAAACAUUAUCAUUGCAUGAUAAUCGCAUUAAAUGUAUUGCGCCAGGUUCAUUCGAUCGAUUACGAUCAUUAUCAGCAUUGGAUCUUUUAUCAAAUCCAUUUGUUUGCAAUUGUCAUAUGCAAUGGUUGAAAAGUUGGCUGAAACAAAGUAACAUUGUUACUGGAUAUCCAAAAUGUAUGUCACCCACCAAAUUACGGAAUAUUCCAAUUGUCAAUUUAACUGACGAUGACUUUGUUUGCAAUCCUGUCGAACUCGACACAUGCGAUGUGUCGUAUCCAAAUCAUUGUCCACAAAAUUGUUCAUGUUAUAAUCAUAUUGUACGAUGUUCACAUGCACAUUUGCGACAGAUACCAUAUGACCAAAUGCCAUUGGAUACAGAAGAAUUAUAUUUGGACGCAAAUGAUAUAACUGAAAUACCAUCAGAAUUAACAAAUCGUCUUGUUUAUCUUAUAAGAAUUGAUUUAAGUUAUAAUAAACUCCGUUCAAUACAAGCAAAUAUAUUUUCCAAUUUAACUCGACUUGAAACGUUAAUAUUGUCAUACAACAAAAUUCGUUGUUUAGAAUCAACCUCAUUUAAAGGCUUGAAAAAUUUACGAAUACUAUCAUUACAUGGAAAUGAAAUUUCUACAAUACCCGAUGGUUCGUUUAAUGAUCUUACAUCGUUAUCGCAUGUGGCACUUGGAGGUAAUCCACUGUAUUGUGAUUGUCAUUUGGGUUGGUUAUCAUCAUGGAUUAAAACGGAUUAUGUUGAACCUGGUAUUGCUCGAUGUGCUGGGCCACCUCAAAUGGCAAAUAAAUUACUGCUAACAUCGCCAAUUUUCUUUUUUCAAUGUCACAAUGAAAGCGAAUCCAAUCGUUAUCUACAAAAAUGUGAUCCAUGUCUAAAUGAAGAAAAUCCUUGUGCUAAUAAUGGCUCAUGUCGAGCGUUAUCAAUUGAAACGUUUACAUGUAAUUGUUUGCCAGGAUAUCAUGGUGAACGUUGUGAAAAUUUGAUCGAUGCUUGCUUUGAUAAUCCAUGCAAACAUCAAGCACGAUGUCAAACACUUUCCGAUGGUCGCUUUAAAUGCCAUUGUUCAUCUGGUUUUACAGGAUAUCGAUGCGAAAGUAAUAUUGACGAUUGCUUUUACCAUCGAUGUCAAAAUAAUGGAACAUGUGUCGAUAAAAUUAAUGAUUAUUCAUGUACUUGUCCAACAUUAUUUACGGGCAAAUACUGUGAAAAAAAAUUGAAUUGGUGUGAAGAAAAUUUAAAUCCUUGCAAUAAUAAUGGCCGUUGUCUAACAAAAACUAGUGACUAUGAAUGUGAAUGUUCAUUGGGUUGGGGAGGAGUCAAUUGUACGGAAAAUUUAAAUGAUUGUUCAAAUCAUGCAUGCCAAUUUGGUGUGUGUAUUGAUGGUCUUAAUGGUUACACUUGCAAGUGUGAUGUUGGCUUUACCGGGAAAUAUUGUGAAAUAGCUCCACAAUUGAAAUCAUCAUUUAUGAAAAACAUAAGUAAUAUAUCGCCAACACGAUGUUCAUCCGACGUUUGUUCGAAUAACGGUAUCUGUUAUGAAGAACCAUCCAAUAUGCUUCGAUGCCGUUGCUAUCCAGGUUUUAUUGGUAAUCGAUGCGUUAUGUUAAAGAGUAUUCAUUCAAUGACAAAUGAUUCCUACAUGAAACUACCUAAACCGAAUGUCUAUCCACGUUCGAAUAUUACCAUUGUAUUUAGUACAACACAAAAUAGUGGUAUUCUAGUUUAUUUUGGCUAUUUGGGACAUCUCGUUGCAGAAGUUUUCAUGGGUAGAAUACGUGUUAGUUAUGAUGUUGGAAAUUCACCUGGUUCAGUUAUGUUCAGCUACGAUACUGUCAAUGAUGGAAAAGUGCAUGAAUUGCAAUUGGUAAGCGUCGGACAAAAUUUUAGUUUAACUGUUGACCGUGGUUAUACGCGUCAUAUAAAUAAUCGCGGUCAAAAUGCGUAUUUAAAUACAAGUGAUAUACGUGCUUUAUACAUUGCUGGUCUACCAAACGAUUUAACAGCUAGAGCUUUGCAAUUGUGGCACAUUCGAGAAGCUACAUCAUUUCAAGGUUGUAUUCAUGCAUUAUAUAUCAAUGAUGAUCCAGUAAAUUUUGCUAAUGUUGAUUAUCGUCAUAAAAUUUUACCCGGCUGUGAAAAUCAUGAACACAACCAAUUAUCAUGUACAAGUGCAACAUGUCAAUAUGGUCAAUGUCGUCUUCAAGGUCUAGAUUAUAAAUGUACAUGUCACGAAGGUUACACAGGAUUAUCAUGCAGUCAACCUGUGCAAACAUCAAUCGCCUUACCAUUAAUUAGUUCGUGUGACUUAACUGUAGAAAAAGGAUUCUAUGUAGAUCCACUAACAAAAUGUACAAGUAAUAGACGUUUACGUAUAACUAGAUGUUCAGGUUCGUGUCCAUCGAGAAGUAAUGGUACACAAGCAUCGUGUUGUAAACCAGUUGAACCAAAACGUCGAUUCUUUCAAUUCGAGAAAAAUGUCAGCGUUUUAGUUCACCAUUUGAUACUAUUUUCACGACCAUUUCCAGUGCCCAAUAAUUAUCCUGUUACAACAGCACCCAGAGGACGGCCUAUUAUUUCACCGACUGUGGCCCCAACACCAUUUGCCACUGUUACAUCUAAUUCAACUAUUGUAUUUGGCAAAUCAACACUCAAUGCACGAGCACAAAUGUCCGCCGGUGGAUUAUUCAUAUAUUUGCUGAAGAUUUGA